AUGUCACUUUUUCCCUGGGCUCUUUGCCCCAUGCCCCCUCCCCUCCGUGGCACGAACCGAACCACGCCUCGUUCGUUUCUUUCCUACUUAGGUAACAUCAUCUGCAUCAUCGCCCCUUGCGUACCUUACAGAAAGAAAAUAAGGAAGGAGGGGGGUCAUCGGGGGUUAGGAAGGGGGGGAAACUGCAAGGGAUGCUGA